UGCCAAUCGGCGCGCGGCACACUUGUUUUUUCGAAUCUAGCUCCGGUCAAUUUACGGAGUCGCUGACGUCUGCGCGUGACGAUACCAAGCCGAGAGCCGAGAUGCGCACGAAGCCAGCCGUAGGAACCUCUCUCAUCCACGUUGUCUCUUGGCUCGGCUGCACGCUGCCCGGAUUUCGACUCUUUGAAACCGACCAGAUAGCAACAUGGCUCGUGGUCCUAAGAAGCAUUUGAAGCGUCUCAAUGCGCCCAAGGCGUGGAUGUUGGAUAAACUCGGAGGAGUUUAUGCACCACGACCAUCCACCGGGCCCCACAAGCUACGUGAAUCGCUGCCUCUGGUCAUCUUCCUGAGGAAUCGUCUCAAGUAUGCCCUCACCAACUCCGAGGUCACGAAAAUUGUGAUGCAACGUUUGAUUAAGGUCGACGGCAAAGUCCGUACCGACUCUAAUUACCCGGCUGGCUUCAUGGACGUUAUCACCAUUGAUAAAACCAAUGAAUUCUUCCGAUUGAUCUAUGAUGUCAAGGGUAGAUUUACCAUCCAUCGUAUCACAGCCAUUGAAGCUAAAUACAAACUUUGCAAAGUAAAGAGGGUACAGACUGGACCCAAAGGAGUCCCAUUCAUUGUUACCCAUGAUGGCAGAACAAUCCGCUACCCGGAUCCACUUAUCAAAGUCAAUGACACUAUUCAAUUUGAAAUUGAAAGUGGAAAAAUUUUGGACUACCUUAAAUUCGAUAAUGGAAAUCUCUGCAUGAUUACUGGAGGUCGCAAUUUAGGGCGUGUAGGAACUGUUGUCAACCGUGAGCGUCAUCAAGGUUCAUUUGACAUUGUCCAUGUCAAAGAUUCGCAGGGUCACACCUUUGCCACAAGAAUGAACAAUGUAUUCAUCAUUGGAAAAGGAACCAAACCUUACGUUAGUUUGCCAAGAGGCAAUGGUAUUAAAUUGUCAAUUGCUGAAGAGCGUGACAAAAGAUUAGCAAAUAAAACUAAUUAAUAAA